AAUAUCCGUAAAAAAAGUAAAAAAAAUCAGUUGAUUUCUGGCUUUCGUAGGGGGAGGUUGACGCAUUUCGUGUGAAACGUAUACUUUUAUUUACGUUACUCAAAAUUCGUGUCAGUGUGUCAAACUUCGAAUUUAUUUCGUGUAUUCGCGAUAGUGAUGUGUGUUAUAGUGCAGUGCGCCCAAAACAGUAUGUUUCAGUGAUAAGUUUUGUUAUCAAUUUAGAAUUUUGAGUUCUUUACUAUGGAUGGAAACUCAAAGUAUUACGAAGGUUGUGGGCAGGAAGGGCCGAUUCGAUGCAUAUUUCUGUGCGAGUUUCAUCCGACGGCCGGGCCGAAGAUCACCUGUCAAGUGCCUGAGAACUAUAUAUCGAAGGAAAUCUUUGACACUGUGAGCCACUACAUCAUUCCAAAGGUCCAACUCCAGAGAUGCACACUGACAGUAACAAUCCUGGGUUUGAAAAUUCUGGGUUUCCCGGUCAGAAUAGACAACAAGAAGUAUGCAAGAAAUGCCUACUAUUUCAACCUGUGCUUCGUAUGCGAUGCCUGGGCACGGACGGUGCAUCUAGAACCUUUAGUUAAAAAGCUCACCGAAUAUUUGCUAUCGAUGGAGCUAGAAUCCGAGUGGCUGCUGAAGCAGUCAGUGUCGGGGGACGCCAAGGAGCUCGGACAGCUGAUGCGGCAGGUUAUGCAGGACAUCAACCAUCGCCGGAUGUGCACUUUGACUGUGGGCACGACCACCACCCACCUGACGGUGGUCCGCAUCAACAGCGACCCGGCGCCCGUCAAGGAUCACCAAGUACCUGUAUUCCUGUACAGCAGAAACUCCUUCGUCGCCGACCAAUGGGACCUCACGACUAACCAGAUCUUGCCGUACAUCGACGGGUUCAACCACGUUUCGAAGAUCGCUGCGCUGACGGACGUGGAGAUCAGCCUCGUCCGCGCAUGCGUGCAGAACCUCGUCUACUACGGGGUCGUCACUCUCGUACCCAUCUUCCAGUACUGCGCUGUAUACAGUGCUACUCCUAAGUUAAGACAACUGACGCGGUGCGUGGGAUUGCAGAGACAGUGUAUGGAAUUCUGCGCAAGAUCAUCUCGACAACUGCCAAAAGUGAGCGACCUGUUCCGAAUGUACGCGGGGAUGACGUACGGGAGCACGGUGCGCGACCUGUGCAGGCGCAUGCGCCCGCAGGAGCUUGCCAUCAACGAGAGGAAGCUGGUGCUCUUUGGGGUGCUGGAGGGACUCAUCCGGAGGGUCUACAAGUACCCAAUAACGCUCAACAACGAAGAUACAGUGUCCCUCCGUAGCGAGCACAGCAGCCAAGGCCUUGUCCGGACUUACAACGGGCUGGUCUGCCUCGACGAGCUAUGCUGUCAGGGAGGAAUCUCCGCCAGCCAACUCGAGGAGCAGCUGGAGAGAGACAGUAACGUUGUGUUCAUUGUCAAAUGAGUUCAUCACUUCUAAACACCCUUAAAACACAGUCCAUAAGGCCCAAAGUCCUUUGAAGAACCAUAGCCCAUUGUUUUACUAUUGCGUCUGGAAGUCUAGGCAGAAUGCUGUCGGAAUAAUAUAUUUUCCUGUUGUCCCUUUCGCACUAGGCUAUAUAGUGGUGGCUAUUCGGGAGGACACAAACAUAACCUAAUUUUAGUUUGACAUGUCUUCAACUAGUGGUGUCCUUCACCUACAUUAAGAGCAAGAAAGAGAUAGAGCUACUAUUAAUUGUGUCAAAUUAAGUUAAAAUGUAGUUCUGCCUUGCUGUCGUUUAAAUCAAGCUAUUUUUAAUAUUGGAUGUGAAACUAAUAAUCGACCUCAUCAACCCUGGUGUUAUUAUUUUAAUUGAAUUACUGACUAAUGUAUUUAAUUACUAGUACUUGUCACGCAUAUAAAAAUAAUUAAAACUGUAAGUAACUCUUUUACUAAAAGUUCAAAAUUGCUUUGAAGGUUAAAUAUAAAAACAUGGGUUGUGGGCAAUUUAUUUUAAUAAAUGGCAACGCAGGGUUGGAUGACGUCAGCUGGGCUAACCUUGAUAUGUUAGCUGUCACUUUGGGCAUACCUGGUUUUCUUAUACCAUGGCAACCCUGACACCAAGGUUGAUGUGGUCGAUCUCAUCUCACAUCCAAUAUUAAAAAUAGCUUGCUUGUUGCUUUAUAACAGCAAGGCAGAAAGAUAAUGGUGCUAAUUCGGGCAACCACUAAAUUUUAACUUAAUUUGACACGAUCAAAAGUAGCUCUACCUCUUUCUUGCUUUUAUUGUAAGUGAAGGACAUCACUAGUUGUUGAGCUGUCAAACGAAAAUUAGGUUAUGUUUAUGUCCGCCCGAAUAGCCACCAAUAUAUGUCAGUUUUGAGAAUAACCUGGUUUUCUUAUACCAUGGUCAAGAUAAUAUUUUAUCUUAAUAUAACAGAUAAACACGCACAUAUAGGUAACAGGUAAGAGUGAGGGGGAAAGAAUGAUGCUCUAUCUCACUCUUAUACUUAAACAUCAUUUUUAUGGUAUCUAUACUAUCUAUUUGCUACUAUGUGAUGAACUUAAUACCUGAAGACUUAUAACUUAAGAUAACUGUAGUUACGCGUGAGAGUGAGUGAGAUAGAAUUACCAGCCUCUCUCUCGCACUCGUGAUAAAAUGUUAUAAUGUCUUCAUUGUGGUUUAGUCUUAGUUUACCUUAAUUUGCUAAAAUUGACAAUCAGUGUUUCAUUAUCAGCUGGUCUGUAAAGGAAAGUACUAGUAGUAUUAACUAAUAUGAUAUAUAUUUACUGGUCAAUUAAUUAAAAUACUUAUAUAGGUACCUAUAUGUUGUGAAAUUAUAAGAGAAACCGCUCUGCCUCAAUAUACUGCAUUAUGCAAAUUUCUGCUUAAUGCAUAGGUACAUAAAAAAAAGUUUUGCGAAAAUAAAGUAUAGCAAUUUGCUCCGUCAAUAAAGUUAAAAAUGAAUUCGAAAUUUGAUUAGCUGGACAUUCGUCAAAAGGCCAACAUAGAGUGUCGCUAGUUUAAAACCGAAUACCCGCUCUGAAGGUUGCAAUCCGCUGCAAUAGCCGUCAAUACGCACAAAAGAAGUACAUUAAAAUAGUAACUUUAAUGCUUAUAAAUAUAAUGUGACCAGUCCUAUGAUCUCUACGAUAUUAUUUAACAACUUUUGAUACGCAGCGAGGUCCGUAAACGUAUUUAUAAUAUAGCAUUUAGAAAGACGUAUAUCUCCAAGUCGCGAUGUAAGUGAUUAAAUACUUUUGACGCGGUGAACGGGAAUAAACAUGGAAGCAUUUUUGUCGUUCAAACAUUUUUUUUUUAUUGUCAUUCGAAAAUCGUACCGCGGGGGGCGGGGCUUCAAAAUCAUACCGUCGUACCUGUAGGCUCUGCACGGCGACCGCGCCGAGCGCGGCGCGAAUUGUAUCGAAGCCUUCGACCAAUAGCCGUUCGACGUCCGUCUACGUAGAUAGUAUUCGUAUCGUUUGUUGGUGCUCAAUAUAAUUUGCGCCGCACGCGGCACGCUUGUCAUGCAGUCCCGGAUGGCCUUUAUUGCUGUGGUGUAAAGGUAUUAAAUAGGCGCACGACAUUUGUCACUUACCGGUAUGUUAACUUAUUUACGAAACGGCAUAAGUGGCUAAGCACAGCGAAAUAGCGACAUAAAAUCAAUAACGUGUUAUUUGAAUAUUAUUUUGCUACUUACAUUGUGUUAUAUUUUGAGCGAUUUUUAGCGUCAAUAGUCGACUACAGCGGCUGCUUCCCAGUUUAUUUCCGUUUUGACGUAAAUGUUUAUUAAUGUAACUGUAACUAAAAACGAGUUUAUAUUAUAUUUGUUAGUCAUUCUCAUUACUAAAGUUAUAUAAAGUACCAAAAGUAACAAGUUAAUAUAGAGUGUCAGAGGAGUUAUAAUCAAAAUGUAUUUUUAUGUGAAUAUGAGUGUAUAUGAUAUAUUAGUAAGCUAGAUUUUAUAUAAAAAAUAUUUUUCUAUCAAAAAAGUACACUUUUUAAGUACAUAUUUUGAAACUUAUUUAAAUAACUGACGGCGUAUAGUCCUCUUCAAUCAUCGAUUUCUUUUUAAAUCAUUUAUUUUUUACCUUUUUUAAUGUUGCUAUUUUAUUGUAUAAAAACUUUUAUUGAAGAUGGCUGUACUAAAUAAUUUUUAUACUUUUACUGAAGUUCAAAAUCUGCUCAAUAUAUUUAAUUAGUUUUAGACUUUUAGCUAAAUGUAAAUAUAAAUAAUAUUUGUGUAUACUGUUAUAUGAUUGUAUAUAUAAAAUCACAUAAAAUCUUGGUGGUGCUAAACAAAAAUUUGGUUUGAAUAGUGAACAAAAAGUGUUUUUUUUUCUACUGCCAUUCAUAUUGCUAUUUACGGCUAUAAAAACUAAACAACAAUAUUUUAUAACUUACUAAACUAUUCAAACCAACUUUUUGUAUAUUUUAUAAUGUUUUUAUAAAUAAUUAGUGAAGAAUUCGGUUAGAAUAUUCCCACCGAGUUUGGAUAGAACCAUAGAUUUAUGUGGGGGUUUAAACGAACUUUUGCAAACUAUAUUGCAAAUGCUAACAAAUCUCAAGGGAUGGCCAGGUUGUUUCCUUCCUAUCUUGGAUUUGAUAAAAUGUAAAUCAUAAUUCCUUGUCGUUGACAUUUUCAUUUUCACCCAUCAUAAAAAGAUCAGAAGCAUUAUUUUUCGUUGGGUUUGGAAAAAAUAACAAAUUGUCUAUGCCGUUAAAGUUGUGUAACGAACAAUUAUUUUUUUUGUAGAUGUGUAUCUGUAAUUUGUAUUGUAAAGAGCAAAACGCGGUUGAAGCGAGAAGGAGAUAAUAUCAGUGUUGCUUUUGUGUAUAGACUUUUUACAUUGGACAUUUGAUUGAUAAAAACAUAGCGGUGCGGAACUGUUGUUUCACUAUUGAUAGACAGUUGACCUUGUUUUCAAUACUAUUGAUGACUUGUAUUUUGUAUAAUCCGCGGCGUAUAAGUUGAAUCAAAAUGCCUCUAGUCUCAGUAGUACGGUUGUUUUGUCCGGCCCCGAACUACUGAUACCAAAAAAGUCUCAUUAGUACGGUUAUGACGUCAAACCGAACUUAUGUGACUUUUUUGGUAUCAGUAGUCCGGUUAAGGAGGUUAUAUAAAAAUCACAAAAAGUAUUAGAAAGCGAAAUAUUUUUUAUUAAAUAGUAAAUAAUAUUGAACGAAAAUAAUUUUCUUUGUAAAAAAACAUAACAUAACUUACUUACUUCUUGUACUUAACUUCAGUACCUCAGUACUACUUCAGUACUCAUAUUUAAUAGUAAAAAUCGGAACCAAAAUCAUUUUCUUUGUGAAAAAAUUAGAACCUGUUCUUCUGCCUAACUUCCCUUCUUCAUUCAUUUCAUCUCUUCUACUCAUAUUAAGAUGCUAUAUACGAUGUAAUUUUAUGUAAAUAAGUUUCUGUCGAUAUUUGGUUUGUUACAAGAUGCAACUUACAAUUUUGGAUAAAAUUUUCCCGGUCAAUAUCCUUUUUCGCCCUUUUCGACAUUACCUUCACUCCAAAUUUUUUAAUUUGUUCUAUGCUAAAAUGUGCUAACUAGAUGAUUAGGUUUAACAAGUUCGUAUACCAAUGUACAUAGAUAUGCCAACGUUCACUGCAGAGUGAGCUUUACCCGAAUGCCGGCUGUUAUUUAAAGCCCUUCGGACUCGUGGUCACACCAGGUUUUGCCCACCACUAACCGAACUACAGCUAUAGGCUCAACAGUUCGGUUUGAUGUCAUAACCGUACUAAUGAGACUAAAAAGGGCUCAGUAAAACAACCGUACUACUGAGACUAGAGGUCAAAAUGGCGGUCGUCCGGUCGCGUUCCUGCGCGUCAUCUGUUUUUUUUUUCAUGAUUACAAACAUUAGAACAAAACUCCGACAUCGAUGCGGCUACUAGUUUUACAGGAAAUAAUAUAUAAGUUCGGAGCAAAAAAUCCGGGUCUAAAUUUCGAAAAAAACCUAUUUGUCAUGGUUACGCGCUGCCACUCGCAUCUCACUAUUCUCACUUCAUACCAUAAUCACUUGUCUUGUCAGUUACUGUGCAUUCAAGGUUUUUUUUUGUUCAACUUAUUUAUACGCCGCGGAUUAAUAAUAGUUUUAGAGUAUCGAUAUAAAUAGGUCCUAAGCGACUAUUUAACAAUAGUGGGACUAUCGACAGUCGAUGUUCAUUAAAUUCAAUAAUUAUACCGACUAAAUCUAACCCCCACUCCCCGCUAGAAUAGUCAUAUAUAGUAAUAUGAUAUUUUAUACUAUUCCUUCCAUGCGUAAGUUACUGUUUUCUGAUAUGUCUACGGCUAGUCUUAAUGUGUUUUUAUGUCACUUCUAGUGGAAUCUAGUCGUGUUAUACGUAAAAUGUGUCAGUUACAUAAAGAGUA